AUGAAAGCCACAAACCCAUUUUUCAACAACCCAACCCUCCAACUCUUACAACAAUGCAAAAACAUAGACACCCUCAAACAAGUCCAUGCCCAAAUGCUCACAACAGGUCUGAUCCUCCACACCUACCCUCUCAGUCGCAUCCUUCUUUUAUCCUCCACCCUAGCCACCUUAUCCUACACAUUAGCCAUCUUCAACCAAGCCUCUCACCCGACCAUCUUCAUCUUCAUCUUCAACACCCUCAUCACAUCUCUCACAAGCCAUCCACAGAAUGACCAAACCCACGUAGCCUUCUCUCUCUACUCUCGCAUUCUCACUCAUACCAACCUCAAACCCAAUGACCAUACAUACCCAUCUCUAUUCAAGGCUUGUAGAUCGCACCCAUGGCUCCAAUAUGGUCGAGCCUUACAUACCCAUGUCUUGAAAUUUUGUGAGCCCUCCUAUUAUCACUUUGUUCAAGCCUCAUUGCUCAAUUUUUACUCCAUAAUUGGCAAAGUGAGCAUUUCAAGGUACCUUUUUGAUCAAGUCAGUCACCCUGAUUUAGCUACAUGGAAUUCUAUAUUAUCUGCUUAUGCUCGUAAUGCUAGUGUACAUUGUGUUCACAAUGCCAUUAGUAGUGAUGAUAUUGACAAUACUGGUUUGUCAUUAGAAGUUCUGUCCUUGUUCAAUGAUAUGCAGAAGUCUCUGGUUAGGCCUAAUGAGGUUACCAUGGUAACUUUAAUCGGUGCUUGUGGUAAUUUGGGUGCAUUUGGACAAGGCACAUGGGCACAUGCUUAUGUAUUAAAGAAGAGUCUCAAAUUAAACCACUACAUAAGCACGGCUUUGAUUGAUUUCUAUGCAAAUUGUGGAUGUCUCGGACUUGCAUUUCAGUUGUUUGGUCAAUUGCCUGAUAGAGACACAUUGUGUUACAAUGCAAUGAUUAGAGGGUUUGCAAUUCAUGGUCAUGGGAACGAGGCACUUGAACUUUUCAAGAAAAUGAACCUUGAUGGGUUGCUUCCUGAUGCUGUGACAAUGGUAGUUAUAAUGUGUGCUUGCUCACAUGUUGGGUUGGUUGACCAAGGUUGCAAGUAUUUUGAGUGUAUGAAGGAGGCUGAGGAAAAGGUUCGGACAAUGCCCAUGAAGCCUAAUGCAAUUUUGUGGAGGUCUUUGCUAGGGGCAGCUAGAGUUCAUGGCAAUUUAGAGAUAGGUGAACUUGCACUAUCCCACUUGACACAGUUAGAGCCAGAGAUUAAUCAUGGGGUUCAUAAAACGCCUGGAAGUAGCUUGGUCGAGACAAAUGGUGCUAUGCAUGAAUUCAUUAUUGGUGAUAAAACAUACCCACAAUUGGAAGAGAUAUAUGUGAAGGUAGAAGAGAUGAAUAGAAGAUUGCAAGAACAUGGUCAUAUGCCAAGAACCAGAGAAGUGCUGUUUGACAUUGAAGAGGAAGAGAAGGAAGAUGCACUCUCAUACCACAGUGAGUGGCUAGCUAUUGCGUUUGCACUCAUUGCAUCUGAUUCCAGCUCACCAAUCCGUAUAAUAAAGAAUCUUCGAAGGGGGCUUGUUCUUGUUUGGAUUACUGGUGAGAGGCUUCCUAACAUUUACAAGGUUCCCACAAUCAAAAGUGAUACACUAAAGCUAGCAGAGAUGACUAGAAGAUGCAAAGAAUAUGGUCAUAGGCCAAGAACCAGAAAAGUAAUAUUUGGCACUGAAGAGGAAGAGAAGGAAGAUGCCCUCUCACACAUUCAGAGGCUGGCUAUUCCUUUUGGAUUCAUUGCAUCUGGGUGCAUUGUACCAAUCCUGAGUUAUAAAGAAUCUUCGGGUUUGUGA